AUGUUAAGCACUAUUGGGGACUUUUUUGGUGAAUGUAAAAGACAUGAAUUUAAUAUUAUAGUAACGGGUCCAGCUUCAUCUGGGAAAACAGCACUCAUUAUGAGACUACUUAAAGGUAAAUACAUAGAUCCACUGACUUGCAUAAAUCAGUCACUUUGUAAAGUAAAUAUAAGGGACUGCAAUCUUAUAUUAUGGGAUGAUGUGGAAGUGUCUGCACUUACUGAUGAUUCAAAUAGGAACUUGAUGAAUAGAACUCAUUCUAAACAUCUACAUUUUGGGCAUAGUCAGAUGAUAGAUGAUAUGAAUAAAAGUAGAUAUUGGAAUAUUUAUAGAGAAUAUAAUAAAUAUGACUUUCAUGGUAUAUUAUUCUGUGUAGACUCAAGUGAUAUUGGUAGAAUACCUCUUGCAAAAAAAUUAUUAUCACGACUUAUAGUUGAUUCCCCUAGCUCAAGCGUUGCAAUCCUAAUUCUGGCUACAAAACAGGAUGUUGUUGAUGCUAUUACACCUGAUCAAUUAGCAGCUGAGCUUCAAGUUUCUGAUAUGGUGCGAUUAUAUGGGAACAGUAUAAAAGAAUAUGCAGUGGUUGGGAUAUCCUCUUAUAGUGGAAUUGGCUGCGUUGAAGCUCUUGAAUGGAUAAGUAAUGCUAUAUGGCAACACCAAACUUGUUGUUAUUGUCUACUAACAUACAAAACUAUAAUGGGGAUAGCAAACUUGACAAAAUCAUUGAUAUUUAGGUAA